CUGGUACUGUUACUAAAACACCUCUAAUGGUAAACUUCCGGUAAAAUGACAGCAACAAAGAAUAUUUCGUAGAUCAUUUUUGCGAUAUAAUACGUUCAACUAUAGGUGCAAGGAUGAUAACCUUGUCGAAGAAGUUGAAAGCCGGAGCCAUAGAGAAGAAGGAAGAUGAACCAAAGAGGAUCUCUAUCAGGGACAAGCUGCUCGUGAAAGAAGUCCAGGAAAUGGAAGAAAACCUGCCCAAGACGUGUAAGGUAGAUUUCCCCAAUCACAACAUACUCAACCACUUCACGUUGAAUAUACAGCCAGAAGAUGGAUUCUGGAGUGGUGGAAAGUUCAAGUUUUCUGUUGAAGUACCAGAGGAGUAUAACAUUGUGCCCCCAAAUGUUACCUGUGACACCCGUAUCUGGCACCCAAACAUCGGUGAAAGUGGCGAGGUGUGUUUAAGCCUCCUGAGGCAAAACUCCAUCGACAGUCUAGGAUGGGCUCCGACAAGAAAAUUAAAAGAUGUAGUUUGGGGUUUAAAUUCAUUGUUUUCGGAUUUACUCAAUUUUGAGGACCCCUUAAAUGUGGAAGCAGCUGAACAUUAUGAACGAGAUAAGGAAUCGUUUAAAAGCAAAGUAAGAGACUAUAUACAGCUUUAUGCCACAAGAUAGCAGUACUCGGAGUCGACAUAUGUAGCUCCAACCUAAAGUGUUUUAUGAAAUCAGUCCUAUAUCAUAUAUGCAUGUGAAUAUAGUGUAAUUUGCAAAACAUGUGCAACAUGUACAUAUAUAUGUAUACCUUGUGCUUGCCGUCUGAUUAUGACUGUGUUAUUUUGAAUGUACCCAAUUUAGCUGAGGUGUUUUUUCUGAACCAGUCUUAUCCUAUUAUUAUUGUAUAUAAAUAGAUGGAUAGUGUAAAAAGCUGCAAAUUGUAAAUGUUUACCUGGUGCUUGCCGUCUGACUGGAUUAUUAAUAUUAGUAGGUUUGUUUUUUGAUGAAAACAAGUUUAGUUUGGAUAGGCUUUUUUGUUGUUAUUGUUUUUUCACACUUAAAGAAGGACUUUUUAACAAUUAUUGGUCAUACUAAAAUAUGAUUUGACUGAAGAUAUUUUAAGGGCCAUGGUACCUCAGUUGCCAAAGGCAAUAACAGGGUUCUCAAUAAGUUUCUUUUAGACCAUCUCAAAUCAAAAAGUAAAGAUUAAGUAACCAACAAUCUUCUACUGAUUCUUCCUAAAUUUUUCCGAAUUUCAAAUGGGCCAUAAAAUUGCCAUUUGAACCAUCUAUUUUGGCCAGCAACCAGUUCUUAUUGUGAAAACUGAUUAAGCAUGUGUGUAACAAGGGCUGUAACUCUGGCAAUAAUAUUUGAGUUAUGUCCCUUUCCCACUGAAAACACAACAACAGAUGGGCAUUAUAAACCACUUGUGGUCCUCUUGUUGUGAAUUACCCUGCUACCAGAAAAAAGUAUUAUGGCAUUUAAGAGUUUAGUGUGUGUUUGUGAGGAAUUUUGCUAUUUAUUUGCAUACAUUUAUACAUGUAUUAUAUAAUCUCGCUUUGGUCUCUAUUGUUGUGCUGUUUAGGUUACAGAAAUUGUCAAUACCUUAAUAAUCAGUAUCCGAAAAUGUUGACAUUUUUUAGUGUAAUAAUUAAAGGGAAAUAUGUGUUUUGUUUAAAAAUAAAAUUGAGUGGUUUGUUGUUUUGAAAACCGAAUUAUCUCCCCUACAUGUUGUUAUUAUAUUAAUUAUUUUUUAUCAAUAAACAUGUAGUACCAGUAAGGUCAUACAUGUAAGUGCCAUUCAGAGAAUAUCUGACUUCAGUUUGUAUGUUGUGUAAUAAGUUGAGACAUUGUCAUUUAUAGACCUGAAUUGUCUUUGUUGUCCAAAUAUAGUAAAUAUAGUAAGCUUUGCCAACACUAUAAACAUGCUAAAUACUAGCAGAGUAAGAUAUAGUUUCUGCUUUCUAAAAUUGUUGGCAAAAUGUACCAUUACAUUUUGUGUUGGAAAUUAUCUGGUAAAAAUCUACCAUUAAACUUAUGUUGUACAAUUACACUUAACAUUUUGCCAGAUAAUUUCCAACACUAGUGUAAUUGUACAUAUUGCCAGAUAAUUUCCAACACAAGUGUAAUUGUACAUUUUGCCAGAUAAUUUCCAACACUAGUGUAAUUGUACAUUUUGCCAGAUAAUUUCCAACACUAGUGUAAUUGUACAUUUUGCCAGAUAAUUUCCAACACUAGUGUAAUUGUACAUUUUGCCAGAUAAUUUCCAACACUAGUGUAAUUGUACAUUUUGCCAGAUAAUUUCCAACACUAGUGUAAUUGUACAUUUUGCCAGAUAAUUUCCAACACAAGUGUAAUUGUACAUUUUGCCAGAUAAUUUCCAACACUAGUGUAAUUGUACAUUUUGCCAGAUAAUUUCCAACACUAGUGUAAUUGUAUAUUUUGCCAGACAAUUUCCAACACAAGUGUAAUUGUACAUUUUGCCAGAUAAUUUCCAACACUAGUGUAAUUGUACAUUUUGCCAGAUAAUUUCCAACUUAAGUGCUAUGAUUCACUCUACUCGAUAAAUUCAAACACAAAUGUAAUGGUAUAUUUCACAAGAUUAUUUCCAACAUAUUGGUGAAAGGGUACAUUUUGCCAGAUAUUUCCCAGCAUAAGUGUAAUUGUACAACAUAAGGUACAAUUAAACUUAUGUUAUACAAUUAAAAUUAUGUUGUACAUUAUUACAAUUAUGUUGGAAAUUAUCUGGCAAAAUGUACCAUUACACAGUUGUUGGAAAUUGUCUGAUGUGGUAUUCAAUAUUUGUUUUAAUUGGAUAUAAUUAUGAUGUAUCUAAUUGGAUGUCGGGAUAUAAAUAACAGAUCGAUGCAGUGAAUUUCAUUCAAUCGUAACUAUGACCAUAAGUCUGAGUUAAGUGGCAUAUAGAUUCCCCCCUCCCCAUCCCACCUGGCAAAAUGUUCCAUUACACUUAAUUAAUUUGAAAUUAUCUGUCAAAGUGUACCAUUACACUUAAAUGUGAUGGACAUCUGUCAGAUUGUGCCAUUGAACUAACAUUGAAAAAUAUCAGGCAGUUUCCAUUUGAAUUUAAAUUUGUAAAGUUAUCCAAUUUAAUUUUGUGCUGAAGAUUUUUUUUUUAAUAAAUUUUGAUGUAAUGUUGUAAAAGAAGAUGAAGAUAAGAUUGAGAUUUGACUUAAUUUAUUAAAAUAGAAGGAAAAAUUUAAGUAACGUCAAUCUUCAUCUGAGCACUCAAAUUAUUUAGCUUUGUGACAUUGUAAUGGCUGCCGCAGCUUUAAGUAUUUUUGGCAGUUACAUACAUUUUAUUAAUUGUUGAGUAAUGUUCAAUUAUCAAGAUUACCCAAGACAGCUUUUGCAGAAUACAUGAUAAGUUAAAGGGACUAGACACCAGAUGAUACAAUUGUAAGAAAAAAAGAAAAUUGUCAAAAACUUACAUUAAAUUGAUAUCGUUUCGUACAAAGUUUUGAAAUAUUACUUUACUGAUAUAUCACAUAGCUAAUGACACAUGUAUCUUUCUCAAAUUUUGAAUAUUUUUCCAAUUGGAAAUUAACUGGGUUUACCUACCACAUAAAUACUGAUAAAUUUAAAUAUUGUGUAUGUAUAUAUAUAUGUGUACUUGUCACAUGACUAUCACAUGCUAAAUAUACACACUACAAACGUGGAAACCGUUUUGCGCUAUUUUUAAACAGAUUAUCUGUGAAAGCGACAAAAUAUUCCUUUAAUCGUUUACUUUAAAAGUGAUGUAUAAAGUGACAAAAUAUUCCUUUAAUCAUUUACUUUAAAAGUGAUGUAUAAAGUGACAAAAUAUUCCUUUAAUCAUUUACUUUAAAAGUGAUGUACUUUGGGCUUUAUAUUAACUCUUUUUGAAAAUUCUAGGCUCGUUUUGAGGGAGUACUUUAUUUGGGACCAUCUGGGGCUGUAUUCAAUAAGCAUCUUAGUGAAUAUUUUCAACUUAGUGAGAAUUUUGUAAUUUUUGACAACAAUUAUUUUAAAUGCCCGCAACUUUAAAUCUGAUUUAUUCAUAUGCAUAUAUUGUUUAGACAAUUUUCUUGCUUAUUUUCAUAUUUUUGGUGUACAAACCUUGUUCAUGUUCUUAAAAUUCAUUUUUUCACUGAGUUGAACAUUGUUACUAAGAUGCUUAUUGAAUACGGCCCCUGGUGUCUAGUCCCUUUAAUAUCAUUGUGUGUAUCAGAAUAAUUUAGCUUGACUGAAUUUCUUGUGUGUAACAAUCAAUAGUAUAUGUUUAAGUAAAUAUAUACUUAUACUCACAAAAUAAAAAUAAUUGUUAUAUAUGUAGAUAAUCAUCAUAUUUAACUGCAUUUUUUCUGAUACUUCAAUAAUUGAUAUAUAUUUUUAGUAUCCUUUUUUCUUGUUGUCCAAUUUAUAAUGUCAUAAUUAUUUAAACUACAAGCAAAUGUAGAUUCAUUAAGGUGGUCAUUUUGAGAAUUAUGUUUCUAAGUCGUGAGUCUAGGGAUUGUUUUAAUAUUACUGUAUGAAUAAACCUACAAGAAGUGCAUAA